AUGGAAUAUUUACAAAAUUACUCAUCAUCAGAUAGUGAAGAAGAGCAGUCAAAUACCAAUGAGUCUGAUUCAAAACUAAUACCACCACCCCCAAUUGAAAUUUUCCUGCAACAUCAACAAAUGAGAACAUUAUCAACUACAUCAUUAUUUUCUUACAUACCUUGGAAACCAUCACUUACAACAACUUCAAAUCUAGAUAAAUUAACAAAUUAUAUAACGAAAGAAAUAACUUUACUAAAUCAAAAUUACAUCUUUAAACCUGUCAACAAAGAUUUUAAAAGACAAAUUAAAUAUCAUAUUACUGCAUAUCCUACGGUAAAUAUUGAAGACAAAAAUGCAUCAAAGUUCAAGAAUGAUAUACGGAGUAAAAUAGCUUCAUUGAGACUUCCAGAAAAUUCAAUAGUUACACCACCAAGUUCAAGUAUUCAAAUGCUAAAUAUGCUAUCUAAAAAAUCGAUAAGAUUGAAAUUUGAAAACAAAUUAAUUUUAGGUAAAAGUCCUACAAAAUCAAUAAUAUUUCUUUGUGGAGUAGUAAACCUAGAUAUGGAAAUCAAAAAAUAUAUAGAAGAAAUGUUAAAGGUAUUUAAUGAAACCACCAAAGAAAAUCGUGGACAAGUUCAAUUUCCAGAUUUAUUAAAAGAUUCUAUCCAUAUUUCACUUGCAACAGGAUACCCCAAAUCCGCGAAUGUACCAAAUUUCGAAGAAUUAGAUGAAGCUGUAAAAUCAAUUAAUGUUGAUCAUUACUUAAAUGAUAUAAAUAUAGAUAUUAAUGAACUAAUUAUAAGAGAUAUGAGAACUUCUUUUGAAUUUAAUAUAAAUUUAAUAUAA